GUGCGUCCGGUAGAGCCGUAAACUAGUUUGACAUUUCGCUAAGAUUAGUGAAGUGAACAACACACGUCUACGCUUAUGUUUUUACACGAGUCCGGUCGGAGGAAUGAACGAGAUUUUAGGUGUGGGUCUUAAAAUGGGAUUGUUUUUGCACGUUGUAGCUGUCAGCCCCUCCGACGCGACAUUAGACGAGAGCCUACUGCACUGUGAGGGGCUGAACAACCAGAGCUACGUCUGUGAGUCAGGACACUGCUGCGGGGAGUCACAGUGCUGCAGUUACUACUAUGAACUCUGGUGGUUCUGGCUGGUGUGGGUCAUCAUCUUCAUCCUGAGCUGCUGCUGCGUGUGUCACCACCGGCGCACCAAGCACCGGCUGCAGCAGCAGCAGCGCCAGCACGAGAUCAACCUCAUCGCCUACCGCGAGGCGCACAACUACACCUCCCUUCCGUUCUACUUCAGGUUUCUUCCAAAUUCCCUCCUACCUGACUACGAGGAGGUGGUGAACCGCCCUCCAACCCCUCCCCCUCCCUACAGUGUCUUCCAUACAGUCAGCCCCAUGCCCACGGACCCACAGGACGGCCUGGGACUGGGACACUGCCCGAGCAUCCAGACCACUCCGGUCCCCCCAGUGUCCGACACCCUUUGCUCCAGGCGGAGCCUGGAAGAGCCCCACUGCAUUGGGGCUCCCACCAUUGGCUACAACAGACACAAGGCAGACAAUAAGCCUCAGGAGCCCCAGGAUGGUGGACCAGGGCAAGGGCCCCAGGAGGCCUCUACAGAGGAGCCUAGAGGUCCAGAGAAGAGUUGCAAGGAGCCCCUGUUACUCGGGGACCUAGGGGGGCCCGAGAGCGGUGCCCAGGAGGACAAAGAUAAUAGGGGGGCCCUUGGGCGGCGGCGCCGUUUCACGGGUGACUCUGGUAUCGAGGUGUGCGUAUGUGACCGUGGUGGUAGUACAAGUAUUGGAAGCCAGGAGGGCAAGGAGCUGAGGGAGAAGGAUAGCCUAAUGGGGGAGAAGGUUGAGGAGCAGGAAGGAGGAGACUUCUGCGACGGGUGCGGUCACUCCGCUCCGGGAGUAGAAGAGGAGCUAGCCCUGGAUGGACCCGAAAGUAGGUCGGAGUGCGGGUCGGCGACAGGAUCCACCUCCCUGCCACCACCCGCCAUGACACAACCCACCCAGCCCCCGAUGUGCCUGCUCCUCCACACCAUCAACGAGCUUGAGGGACCCCUCACCAUGGCAACAGCACAGAACCCCAGGGCUGAGCUACGCUAAGCUAAAGCACAUCUUCACCGAGGAGGGAGAGAGAACCAGGAGUGGGAGUCAAGGUGUGUGUGACUGUCUGAGAUUGUGUGUGUGUGUGUGUGUGUGUGACGAGUAGGAAGUUGUAUUUUAUCCCAGAGUCUGGACUUAAAAGCCUGAUGUUGAUAGCUAAAGCCCCUUUGGCAUACUGUAAUGGUGGCCUUAACUGCAAUGUACAAGGAGACCGGAGGAGAGGUUUAGCCUAUCACCAACCUACCUACAGACUGCAUAAAUCUCCUCCUUUGUCUGCCUUUGCCAAGAGGAGGCCAAAGGAGAUCGUGUAAAGACUUAUGCAAGCUGGAGGAGAUUGAUAGUCUGGUCAGUGCAUGCUGACCUGACGUUUGGUGCGACCAGUAUAGUGUAAGUACACACUGGUGCAACUCUAGCCUGGUCCCAGAUCAGUUUGUGCUGUCUUGCCAACUCCUAUGCUCAGUGUACCAAGCUACCGGAAAUCAUUGCAGCUACUUCCUGUGUCUGUUCACAGGAAGUAACAUCCUGGACAAAUACACUGAAGCGGUACAGGAACAUUGUCAAGCAGUGCAGUGUGGAUCGUCAUGGCGACGAUGUGUGCUUAUGUAAUGUGAUAGUCCCAGUCGGUAUGAAAUAGAACGUGGUGGCCCUGCCUGCCUGUGGGGAAAACAACACAUGGUUACUUUGGUUACCUCGUUGGCUCACAGCAAAAACUUGACCUUUUUCCAAAAGCAAUUUUCUUGUCUGCUUGUUUUAGUCAAUUACAAAACUACAUUUAAGAAAAGUACAACAUGUGUAAAGAUUACUAUUCAACUUUUGCUGCUCCUGAGUGUUCUCACUACUUAGAAAAAUGUAAUGUUGUCAGGGCUCCCCUCGUUUUCAUGACGGCAUUAAUGUUAACCACGUGAGUGACUGCGUGCUAGCCAGCUACCGACCAGAACAGGACUCUCCAACCCUAUUCCUGGAGAGCUACCCUCCUGUAGGUUUUCACUCGCAAACCCAGUUGUAACUAAUCUGAUUCAGUUUAUCAACAGCUCAUUUUUAGAAUCAGGUGUGCUAGAUUAGGGUUGGAGUGAACCUACAGGACGGUAGCUCUGCAGGAGCAGGGUUGGAGAGCCCUGAACCAGAACAUUAAGCUAGCCAACACAAACGGACGAGCUAUAAAGCUACAAGUAGUGAGUGGAGUUCCAAACAGACUGUACUAAUCAAGUUAAAUGUCUUAUCUGUGAUAAAAUAUCUUCCACACACACGUAGCUAAAGUGUAGCCUCCUUUGACACCGGGUCCCUGAAGCCACAGGGCCGCUGGCUCCAUUUCCCUAAGUGGGAGCAUCGCGAACCGUAGGUUGAAAUUUUUGACCUACAUUACAUUUGUAUAACAAAAAAUGUACUACGAAGUUGGCUCUUUUACAGUCGGGGUCAAUGGGGGAAAGAAUGUUUGUUUUCCCCCGUUGGUGGGCGUUGUCGAGGGCAGUUAAUUGUUAUGACAUGAAUACUGACUCAGACUAAUACUGUACAGGAAGAGCCUGACACUAAACACUGUGUGUGAAUGUUACUGUUCCACAUAAGACCUUUAGCCUUAUGUUUUUUACUCUCCUCCAACCCUGUUGUCACAGGGACCCAAGUGCAUUAACACAUUUUGUGUGACACAAUCAUUUUAUUUUGCACAUGAAUAUAUGUAACUAAUAAUGGAGACAAAGAAAUUAAUCAAACAUUAAAAAACGUAUCUGUGAAUCCUGUCUUUUCUUUUUUUUUUUUUGAAAUUGAAUCAGUUACUAUUUGUUUUGUAAAGGAGGGUUUUCUAAUGUGUCGUUGAGAUUAAUUCCACAUGGGUAAAAAACAAAAACAACGCUUCCCACACAGUAUGGGCCUCUAUCGGAGUCUAGGACGUGAUUGGUUCUUCUCUGAGAUAUUGAUUACAUGAUUGUAUUGUGCAUCUCUGAGAAACUGUCAUGUUUGCGAUCGCCCGCAAUGAUUGUGCAUUAGUGAAACAUACAGGUCCGUAGGUGAAACGGGUACAAAAAAAACUGUUUAGUUACGAGAACCAAGCUAUCAUUAGUGCUUUAUAUAGGCCUAUUAUGCAUUUUGUAGAAACAAAUAGAAUAUUCUAUAAUUGUGGUACAACAAAGGUCAACUAUUCUGCAUUUUGGACGGAUGUCUUUGUCAACUUGUGUAAUGAAAUUGUAAAGCUUUUGAUCGACAUUGGAAAAUUGUGUAUUAUAAUAUCAUACAACGCAUUUAUGAACUAAACGAGCUACAUUUAAAUCUGUUGUAGCAAAAUGUCAGUCUACAAUCAUUAGUUUUUUAGUUAGUGAAUGAUUCAUUUCUAUUUUAUUGUUGAGUAUAGAAUUGUUGUACUCUUGAAACAUUCAAUCUCCUUCAAUCAAUCAAACGAGUGUGAAGGUGAACAUACAGGGAACUCAAUGCACAGAUUAAAUGGCCUAUUGAAUGAUGUGACAUUAUUCUAUUGUGAAUAAUGGACAUCAUGCCAAAGAUAUUAUGCUAUUUCAACACGGGAUGUAAGGUGGUUGUGCACAUUUUCUGUUUUUUGUUCGAAAGGGCAUUUUAUUACAGCAGCGAAAUUGAUGUUCAAUAAAUGUAAACCAGAAAUACUUU